AUGUGGCUGAUAGCCAUCCGAGCUUGCUUCCUUGGCUUCGUGUUCGGCUGCGGGGUGCUGCUAAGUUUUAGCCAGUCGUCUUGGAAUCACUUUGGCUGGUAUAUGUGCUCCCUGUCGCUGUUCCACUAUUCUGAAUACUUAGUCACAGCAGUCAAUAAUCCCAAGAGUCUGUCCUUGGAUUCCUUUCUCCUGAAUCACAGUCUGGAGUACACAGUAGCUGCUCUUUCUUCUUGGAUAGAGUUCACACUUGAAAACAUCUUCUGGCCAGAGCUGAAGCAGAUCACCUGGCUCAGUGCCACAGGCCUGCUGAUGGUGGUCUUUGGAGAAUGUCUGAGGAAAGCAGCAAUGUUCACAGCUGGUUCCAAUUUCAACCACGUGGUGCAGAAUGAAAAAUCAGAAAGCCAUACUCUAGUGACAAGUGGAGUGUACGCCUGGUUCCGGCAUCCUUCUUACGUUGGGUGGUUUUACUGGAGUAUCGGAACCCAGGUGAUGCUGUGCAACCCCAUCUGUGGCGUCGGCUACGCUCUGACAGUGUGGCGAUUCUUCCGCGAUCGAACAGAAGAGGAGGAGAUCUCGCUGAUUCACUUCUUUGGCGAGGAGUACCUGGAGUAUAAGAAGCGGGUGCCCACGGGCCUGCCUUUUAUAAACGGGGUCAAGGUGGGGCUAUGACACCCCAGGGGUCGGGCGCCUCCCGCCGCACGCAGCCCAGGACAGAACGACCUCUGGUCGGCCACUCUGCGGAACAGAUUUUCUUAACCAUUUUCAAUUCCUCAAUUACUCUUCUGGAAUAUCGCUCAGGACCAGAUGGUCAGAAGGGCUGAGGACCAACGGCCCCCCCGACUUCCCAGAGCAGUCUGUCUUGGGGCUGAAUCAAGACGGGGUGUGGGUUCAAGAUGGACAAGGAACAAAUAACAGCAAUAUUCAGCAGUGCCCUCCAGACGUGCCCCGGUGCGAACCCAGGCCACGUACUGUCCCUUCAAGGCCACAGCGUAUUUAGGCUAUAACCAGGACCCCUUGGGAGAGGUGGACUCAUUACUCUGAGUAAGGCUUCUUCAGUAGGAGGCGGGUGUGGGCAUCAGUGCUUUUAGUGUUAGAAAUACAUUCAGAAUCUUUAACUGAGAAACAAAAGCAGCAGAGCUUUAACCCCCUCGUUCCUGUCUGUCAGUGCAUGAGCAUCUCUACAGUUUUAAAGACACUCCCUUAUAAGGCACUUUGGCUCUUCAUAUAUUUAACCGUAUUUACAUAUCUAUUUUUUAUAAGUAGCAGUAUAAAUUCAAAGGGGACUCCAACCUUUAUUUGGCAGAAAGGAAGCACCGACACGCAGACAGUUGGGCCAAGCAGCUUUGUGUGACCACGGUACCCCAGGCCCGGGAGACCAUGGGCCCCUGUGGAUUUUCUGGGGUCCUGGCUCCUGCUUGUCUUCCAAGAAGGGGCUGUUAUCAGUGACAGGCAUGUCAAAGUGUGUCAUUUGUCCUUUAUCCUAAGAAAUGCUCACGGAUCACCCCUGUGCAAGGCGUUAAAUGCUGACAAAUACUGCUCUCCAUUUUCUUGGGAUUUUAUUCAUAUUUUAUCAUAGCCUAUAGUUUUGUGUUUUGAUUUAAAUCUAUUAACUAUCGAUUUCUAUGUUUUGUUCUCAAAACUUCAUCGUCCCUAAUGCUAUUUCAAACUGUCUUCCAAAGGGGAGCACACACUACAAAAUUCAAGCAGGUUGAAAGUCUGAACUAGACUCGUGAAAGUCUGAACUAGAGCAACUUAUCCCAACUGAGAUUCAGUCAUAUUUUUGUUUUUCAAGUUUGGGGAGAAUAGUUGGCUUUAUGAGUCAAACAUACACACUCCGAAGACCCUCGCUUAUCCUGGACUGGAUGGGAACUUGGUCUCAGUGUGAGACCCUUCCGUGCAGUUCUGCAGUGGCACCGAGGACGUGUGAACGCGAUGGCGGUGGUGGCCCCUGGCCGGGCACAGCUCUGCCACGCCACGCAGCUUUUGAGCAGCCACUUUCCCUUUCUGUGCCUAGACCCCCCAUCUGUAGGAUGGGGUCGAUACCACCUACCUCACAAGGGUGUCGUGAAGACUUAGAACGACGACGUCAAACGUUUUCGAUGCUUAGAUGAGAGAGAUGACGUGAGUGGAAUGCAUACCGCAUACGAGUUACACGAACAUGGACGUUUGGUUACCUGUACCAGAUACUGGAAAUGCGUGUUCAAAAGAGCAUUUUACCGACUCAAAAUAGUACUGAUUUCUAGAUUU